UCAAUUCUUCACUGACAAUUCCAUCACUCUUAGUUUCAUGGUAGUCGGUUAUUUUUUCGUUCCAAUUUGGAUUCUGAUAUUAGCCAUAACGCAAUUUACCUUCUUUGCAACGAUGUCACUCGAAACAUGUAAAGUUAUGAAUCGACUAGUGAAAAGUUUGAUUGAUAAACAAAACUGCUCUAGUACGGAGAAAAUUUCCUGCACAUUGGACACUAUGCGAUGCAAAAUGUUAAUCAUCAAAAGUUUACUCACCGAUUUGGGCCGUUUGUAUGGAGUUCUCAUUGUCAACACAGUCCUCAGCGGAGUUUCUGCCACAGGGCUAGAACUUCUGGAACUGUAUCACUUUAUUCAAGAGCCCGAUUACUCCGUCGAAGGAAUAGUGUAUUUCGUAUACACUUUAACUUGGAUUGGCUUUCUUUUAGCUGAAGUCCUUCUCUGUAUUCGGCCUUUUUAUUUGGUGCAGAAGGAGAUAGUAAACCUUGGACUAAACUUGUGUAGUUUAAAUGACAUUCGACUCUUCGAGAUGUCUGACAGGUUCGCCCAACAAAUUCUAGUUUCGUACAAAAAUACUGUAGCUUGUGGCGUUGUUCCACUGGAUAUGCGAAUUUCAGUAGCGAUCGUUACAACGCUAUUCACCUUUUUCGUGUUGAUGAUUCAAGCCAAAAAUACAGCCGAGAGAGCCUUGCUUUCAAAUUAA